AAGAUCUCGCAGCCAGCCCCAUUCAAAUCGUCAAUCCAAACCAAGCAAGCACAUCGCGCAAUAGCCAUUUUCGCAGCCAUAGCUCGCUUUCCGACCGCCACCAUCGAACUCAACAUGGAAGAUAGCUUUCGAGUUCGAGUCGACAAAGUCUUCGGCUCACUCACCUCCUCCAACUCCGCCGAUAACCUACCGGCGCCUACUUCAGCCUCCCUCCGCUCUCUCUGGUCCCUCACUGACGAGGAAAUCGAGCGGAGCAGAUGGAGGAAGGACGAGAGCAACGGCGAUGAUGAGGAAGACGAUGAUACAGAGUCGCUCUCGUUAUCGAGAGGAUUCCUUGCCCCGAAUCAAUCCAAAGCAGGUCUAUCCCGCUCGGAGACAAGCUUCCGGCGUCAGAUUGAAACAGACCUGGAUGACCUAGAUGACCAGGUUCAGGAUGAUGAUGACGAUGAGAAGAAGUCCUUUGAGCAAAGGCCCGACGAUUACAACGAAGAAGAAUGGGAAAUUAAGAACUCCAUUGGCCGUGACUGCACUCUCGAUUUUGAGGAAGAGGAAGACCAAUACGACAAGGUGGCCGUGGGCAGGGAAAAGUCUGAAGAUCGCGUGUAUCUGAAGGAUUUGAGCAAGAAUGAAUAUGAAAUUGAUACGGGCCCUUCUAGUUCAUUGGAAGAUGCCUUAGCUAGAGACCGCCGGGCCAAUCACAACGCUGCUAAACUCAGGUUGAAGGAGGAUGACGAAUCAGCAGCUCGAAAGAUCGACUCUUUGACCGUUUCAGACAAUGAAUCCCAACAACCCAACAACACUUACCUCCAGGACUGCAACCUCAAAUCCAUUCUAAAGAGGAAGGAUGAUCAGGCUGUUGAUGAUUCCAAGUUUUUACAGAAACGUGUUAGAUUCGACCCUGAAUGCAAUACUGGCGACAAGGAAACUGAGGAUACAGCCAUGGAAGCCGAUUUGGAAGAUCCCCUGGUCUACCGAAUGCCACAAAAUUAUCCUUCUGGAAUCCCGGACUACAUGAUAAACCCUACGAAAUACACCAAGUACACCUUUGAAUCGUCUGAUGUUGAUGAAGGAACCAACAGACUAGCGUACAUGGAUUUUCUGAAGCUAAUAAAGAAGUCGGAACCUGGACCAGAAGUAGAUGAAUCCAUUCGUGGCGAUCCUCCCAAGUCAGUUCCCUUUGUGCCCAGGAAGAAGGAGAACAAUGCGGAUGAUUGGAAGAGCAAGCAAGAGGAAGGUGGCGGCGGGAAGAAGGGUGUAAAUGUUGUGAUAGCAGCAGCUGAUGAUCUGGAAGGUGGUGAAGAAAGCUGUGCUAUGGAUGAGGACGAAGCAGAAGUGGGAGCUCAACAGCGAAAUGGUGGUUCAGGGUCAGGUAGGCCAGGUCGUAGGUAUAGAAUGAAGGGUAAGUUGGAAGUAGAUGAGUUGUCUUGAGAAUACCACCAGCGACCUACUGUAGACAUAUGGUUGUUGUGUAAUGCCAAGUGUUUUGAACUCCGUUCCAUGAUAUGUUGUAUUUUUCUUGCCAGUGUUGCACUUUCUUUUUACUUGCCUGCUUCAAACGAUAACAAUGGAAAGAAGAGUUUGUGAAACGUAUUGUAGUAAAAUAUCACAUGCCCU